AUGAAGGCGUAUUGUUUUUUUUUUUUUUUAACUUUAAAAUAAAGAAUUCUAGUUUGAAAUACAAAGUUAUAAUCUUAUACUUAUACUAUAACUUAUACUUAUACAUAUAAUAGCUUAGUAACUUAGUAGCUUGGAAAACACUUGACACUACACAAGUGCAAAAAGCCAACGGAAAAUGCAACUGCAACUUUAGGCCUAGUAAAAUAAAUAAUGAAUUUUACCUUUUAAUUAAUAAAAUAAUUAAAUAUUGACCAGGACAUUAAGGAAUAGAAUAUUUAUUGAAGCACAUUCAUACAUGACAAGAUGCACAAGCCUCAGCAAGCCUAAUAAUAAAUAACACUGUUAACAGUAUUAACAGGCAUAUAAAAUAAACCAUUUUUGUGCAGCACUAGACUAUAAUUAAAUUUACUAUAAAAAAUUAUGGCAUAGCCAGCAUAGUGCCCCUGAUAUGAAUUUUACAAUAGACCAACAAUACAGACUGUAGACACUAGUAAAUAUAUUAAGCCUAGACUAGACACGAAUUAUAUUUUGUCAUGGUUGUAGUAAUGGCAAUGGUAUUAAUGUGUAUUAACUGUAUUAUGUUUUAUUGUUAACACUUAGACCUAGGCUACUCUAGGUCUAAAGUAAAUAUCUUUCAUUUAUAAAUAAUUAAAUAGGCUAUACUGUACUGUAGUUAAAAUAACUAAAAUAGCCCUCUUUUGGAAUAGUACUCUGUAAUAUAAUAUAAUCUUUACUCUUACUCUUUGGAUUGAUUGCGUCAAUUGGCAUUGGCACAUUUCUAGAAAUUCAUUAGCCAUAGUGGCCAUACUAAAAAGUUUAUAUCAUUUCAAAGAUUAAUUUCAAGAUCAAGGACCUAUGAUCUUUGGGUGGGUCUGUUACUACUAGUAAUACUAGUUCAGUAAUUGCCAUUUGACAUUUGUUGUUUAUGAGUUCCUCGGCCUUGGUAGAGUCUCAGAAAUUCAUCAAGUUAAAGAUGAUAUUAAAUAAUAGUAUACCUAAAAUAACUCUUAACAAUAGGGCCUAAUACAAUCAAACACAAUAGGCUACUCAAUAAUUACUCCAUGACUAUAUAGUCGUAGUAGCAGUCUGGGAAUUAUAGUUGCUUGUUUUUCAUAUUGCUUGUUGUUCAUAUUGAAAAUGGCCAAAGUAACAAAGCAAAAAUCAACUAAUUUUCUUAUUUCAUUGCUCAGUUGUUUAAGGUUAAAUCAUAAAAAAGAUGAUUAUAAUUUUAAUAAUUGUCUUGCCUUGAAUUUAAAUUUUUAUCAGACCUCAAAACAAACAAAUUCUGUGUUAAAUACCUAUUUUCCACCUUGAUUGGCUUGAAUGUGGAAAUUAGGAUUGGCAAAGAUAUCAGUGUUAAAAAUAAUUUGUUUUUUGUUGUUGCAAACAUCUUGACUUGCAACACUCGCAGCAGUCUAGCCCAUCUACAAGCUGGUUAAAUUGGCCAAAAAUUAAAAGUUCAACUAAAUUAGCAAAUUUAUCAGCUUUUCUAGGCUAGACAGUUAUUGGCUACAUAUGAGCUAUGGACGACACUAAUGUCAUAUGAAAAAAGAAUAUCUCCUUUAAAGACGCUUUCUUAAAUUAAUUGUUGAAAUAUAAAGGACAAUGAAAAUAACAUUAUUUUAAUUUUAAGGUAGCAUACAGUUAAAGAAUCUAUGAAGUCAAAGUAUAAAAAAAAAUAUGUCAGGACACACUUCAAGUUAAGGGGGGUGGGGAUCAUUUUUGCAUUAUCUUCCUAAUAAUAUAAAACUAAAGCCGUAACUAAAUAAAAUAAUAAAAAAACAUUAGGCUUAAGUGUGUGGACUUUUAAUUUAAAUCAUCCAAGCAGUAGCAUUUUUGUAGUUGCCAAACAGUUACUUUAGGGCAAAAAUAUUUUAGAAAAUAAAAGUUCUUGUUAUUUAAACAAAAUUAUUAACAGUGUUAAAUGAAAAUCCGAAAUUUUUUUGGAAAUUAAAUCAAUUGGGCCUAUGGGCUGUAUAAAUAAUAAUCCGCAAAGGAGGGCCUCAGUGUGAGUAAAAAAUAGAUGUUUCUUUGAGGAAAUUAGGCUUAGGAGGAUUGUUUAGACUUGAUGCAAUGAUGGUAGGGAAAUUAGCUAGGGUUUCUUCUGAGCAAUGCUCCUGAAGUGUGUGUGAUCAUUAAUGGAAACUCAGGUGACAGGGCUGGUGUUAAGAUGUCUCACUGGUAAGUAGUUCAGUUUAUAACAAAAAUAAUUGUUUAUCAUCAUUCAUGCAUAAAUUAAUUUUUGACGGCUUGAAGACUUACAUCUUAAUUUUAGAUCUGCAGAAAUUUUGAUGUUUUAUUUUUAUUGAGGAGUGAUAUAUAAAAUAGGUAGAAUUUAUCCAGACAAAUAAAUUGUCAAGUUCAUGCUGUGAAACAAAAUUGUAAUUAUGCCUGUUGUCAUUGGGUUGCAGGACUCUAAACAUCCUAAUAUACCGGUAUGUAAAACUAGGUUUAGAUAUAUUUAUUUUCAACAGUUUUAUUAAAGUAACAAUAAAUGAUUGAAAUGCAUAUAUUAGGGCCUAUCUUUAAUAUGCAUAUAUAUUUUAAAAAAAUUAGCCCUUGUUCCAAACAUGUUUUCUGUCUAGAUAGUCCAGAUUAUCCAAAUUCAGGAUGCCAUUUUUGCUAUUAUUAAAAGUGCAUGGUGAGCCUGUUUUUUCGCACAGGUAUGGGAAGACUUGCUAGGACACUUGAUGUUUGAGAUUAGAGCCUCUGAGAGUCAGCAUGCAAGUGUGUAUUAGUGACUGUGCUAUUCAUCCACGCUAAAUAAAUCUGUAAAGUUUAAAGUGUGUGUCAUUUCUUUAGAGGCAUUUCUUUAUCGAUAUAUUCUUUUGCAAUCUUCAUUAGUUGUCGAUAUUUAACUAAUUGAUAAUAGCAUUUACAAAAUAUUGUCUAUGAUACUUUUUAGUCAGUAAGUGUAUGCCUUUGAAUUCUGUUGACCCCCAACUAGAAGUUGUAUUAGCUCAAGAGGCUGAAUAGGACAAAUCAUGAAUCAUCUUCCUCAAGAUGUAAUAUUUAGCAAAAAAAGAAGUUCUUCUACUGCAGUUGUUGUGCCUACAACAGUGGAACUUAAGCUUUGACUAUUCUCUCAUUGACAUAUUGAGGACUGAAAUGUUAGCAGACUUCUGAGAUAGAUUCUAUCUUAUGCAACAACCCAUUUACAAAUCUGAUACCUCUAACCAAUUCAUGGGGCCUUUCUCUAUCCAGUAAGGAUUCGUAGUGGUCCAUUAAAGGGAAUUAUGUUUUGUUCAAUAAACAACUUAUAGGAAUUUUUGCUUUGUUACUGAAUAAAAUGUCUUGUUAAGUUGCACUCAGGGUGUUCACUGCCUUGUCACUGAAUAUAAUUGUUAAUUUCCACUGACAGGAUUAAAUCCCUUGUCACUGAACAUAAUGCUUGGUGUGGACAUUGUUUUUGGUGUUCCUGUUUAAAGUGGAACUUGUAAGAUUGGUGUUCAUUGUUACUUUGGUUGCCAUUAAUGGAUGUCAAAUAAACCCUUCAUUCUUAGGUUAUUUUUCUUUGGAAUUUACACAAGCUAAUAUCAAGCUCUAUGCAAAGUUUGAUUCAGGAAUGCUGAGAAUUUUCAGCAACAUUAACAGCUUCUGUUUGUUUAAAAUGAUUACCUAUCGUUUGAAGAGCCAUGUUUUCUGUAAAACAUCAUAAUCUCUACUUAGCUUUCUUCUAGUGAUAUUUUAUCAGUGUUAUAAUAAUUUAAUAAAUGUGUUCUGUGUUGUGAAAUUGUGUAAUUAUAUAAUUUCUGUAUUGAAUUUCAAUCCAUUAAGGUAAUGGCAGAUUUUUUUGUCUAUUUCAGGUCCAUUCCUGUUUGUGGGUUUUAAAUUGCCCAUGUAAAAAUAUCUCGUUUCCCCACGUUCCAUCAAGAUCUAGUAGUGUGGAUUUACUGUUUGUUUCAAUUGGCCCCCUUGGCUCUACUCUAAUAAUUUAACUUGGUUCCUGCUAAUAGAUUAUCAUACAAAGUAACUUGAAAUGGCAGCAUUGGGUGAUGACUGUUACUUCUAUUGCACGUCUACUUGUGCCAAGGUAAGACUUUAUUCAUGUUUAUUUUGACCUAUCAAAAGUUGGUCAGUCAUUAUUUGUGUUUUGUAGUGUUUGCUUGUGCACUGUAUCUUUCUUAACAAUUUAAUGGAUUGAUUAUUGAUGAAAUUUAACGGCAGGCACACAUGUUCUUAGUGUUUAUCGAUGAAGUCAAAAUAAGAUUGUAAAUUUCUAGGGGAUAAAUCUGCUCUAAAUUAUCUAAAUACAAAUUGGUUGCCAUAACCUUAUCUUCAAAUGAAUGUUUUCAGGGGCCUGCAUGUCCAUUUCGUCAUGUGGAGACGGCUAAAACUGCCAAAAUUAUAUGUCAACAUUGGCAGAUGGGAGGCUGUUUGAGGCCUAUGUGUAAAUUUAGACAUUCUGACUUUAAGGUAAGAAUUAUAAAUUAUUAUAUUAAAUAUAGAUCUAAGUUGCAUGAAAAUACUGUGUGGAUCUUACUGAGAACAAAAUUGAUUUCCCUCUUCUGCUUAAGCAUCUUAUAGCAAAUAUGUUUUUUCUGAAAUCCCUCUUAACAUAAUAAGCUCCUGCUGUAAAUUACUGUUUCAUAAAGUUUUUAACUAGCAAAUAAGAUUCACUUGAUUUUAUCUAAAGAUAUUUCAUUCAACCUAACAUGUCAUUUUCAAUAUUGGUUUUAGUCCUAAUUGUCAAAGACUCAGCUGCUUUGGUUUGUUUUUAAAUAACUAAUAUUGAAUGUUUAAAAUAUAAUAUGAUAAAUGUGAUCUUUAUAGCAACAUGUGUAUUCAUAAUAAUUAAAAGUGUUCUUCUAUCUUGCAGCUUCAAAUUGAUCCAACAGAAGUUCCUUGUUACUGGGAAUCUCAGUCAGUUGGAUGUACCAAGUUAAACUGUGUUUAUAAGCAUUUAAAACCAAGACCUCAACUAAAUACAGCUGUAACAGGUCAUUGAAACUUUCUAAUUCAUUUAUCUUUUUGAUAGCUUCCUUAGGCAUAUAAUCAUUUCAGAAAAUUGAACAAUUGAUGAUAUCAAACAUAUUGUGAUAUUUUAACUGCUAGGUAUAAUACUAGGAUUUUAUUUUCUGUAUAAUUUUAUUUACAUAAUUUAAUAAUAAUCAGGCCUACUUACUGGUUAGACCAAAUAUGAAUACUAAAACUGUGUUAUUUCCUCCUCCAUAGCUAAUUCAUUAAACUCUGGAGACAACAACUUUACAACUGUUCAUUUGUCAGAUGGAAACUCAAAACCAGCAUCUGUAUCUACACAGAGUUUGCCACCGUUAGUUCAACCUGUGGUCAUCCAGCCAUCAUGUAAGUUCUUUUUUAGCCUUCUUUCUAAGCUGAGCACAGCAAACUAUUACACAUUUUUUAAGUUAAAAGACAUGAGACACCAAAGACUCAAGUUUGUUUUUGUCAUUUAUGCAUAAUUAUUUAUUUGAACUAAGUAAUUCUUUAAUUAUAAUUAAUUUUAAAAAAUAACUCUUCAGUGGAAUCAGAGGAGAGUAAUGCUUCACCAGCUAAACAGCCUCCUCAGUCAGCUCAAGAAAACAAAGUUGAGGAAGAUACCCAUUCAAGCACAGUAGGCUUACGUCCUGACUUGAAUGAAAAAAAAAUUAAAACUGCAAAGAAAGAAAAAGAAGGCAACAAACUUCCCAAAGGCAAUCCACUAAAAGCCAACAAGAAAAAACUGAAAUCCAAAUUGGAUAUUGUUGAAGAAAGUGACGAGUCUUUUACAAAACGCAAAUCUUUGAAAGUGAAGAGUAAGACUAUCAAUAGGCAAGGUCCAGCCCCAACAAGGAAAGUGAAUAAAGAAUCUUCACAGGUUAAGAAGAGUGUAAAAGACAGACUUGGGUCAGCACCUAUACAACAUCAGAGUGUUGUGCCAUCAUCAGAGAGCAGCGAGAGUGACUCAGAUUCAGGUAAGUCAUCAUUUGAGGGUAAUUGUCCUCAUGUUGUGCUUUACAUGGGUUUUAACAAUUGUCAGAUUAUGCUUGCUAAACUGGUUUGAAGAGUAUUGCCUAACUGAAUGGAAUACUUAUUUCUGUUUAGAUUCUGAUGACUCCAUUGAAAACAUUAAAGUUAUGUCUAUGGAGGAAAUCUUCAGACAGAAAGCCUUGGAUUCUAUGAUGAAAAAAAGAGGUAUGUUCAUCAUUAUUGUGGCAGGUCAUUUCAACUUUUCUGGUGAAAACUUUUAUGUUAGGUUUUAAGUCUUUCAAUUUAAUUACCUUAAUAAUAUAACAGCACUACAACAUUUUAUAUAUCUUACUUAUUUUACUGGAAAAGGGAUCAUAAUAUAGUGAAAUGUGGACUUCUAAACACUUUUUUACUUUGUUAGCUUUAUCAGCACCUAGGUAAAUAUUGUUAAAAAUGUUGACAAAUCAUAUUUAGUAAGGAAUUAAUGGAUCCUGUACUAUUUCUUUAAAUCUAAAUUUGUAAACCUAACAUGUUCAGCUGCUGAAGGAACAGCACCUGUUCCAACAACGAAAGCUGAAAAAAGUCCACCACCUUUAGAGAAAAAACAACUCAAUGUCCCUUUUGAGGAAAGCUCAGCAUCGUCAUCAUCAUCAGAAGAAGAAGAAAGUGAGGAGGCAUCCUCCACUAAUUCAUCUGAAUCUAGUUCAUCUGAUAGUGAUGGAGAGAGCUCAGAUGAAGAUCCACAGUUUGGUAAUGCUUUAUUCUUUGUUUACCAUCAGGCACUGCUGAUCAUUCUAAAAUACCAACUGCUUUUUAAAAAAAUUAAUUAUUAUUUCUUAAUUAUUUUCUGUAAGAAAAUAAAAAACUUACCUAAACUUUAUAAUAAUUAUAGGCUUUAGGUUUUCAUGAGGAAUAUUUAUCACUUUUCUAGUUUAGUAAAUCAUGUCAACAUUUUAGUGAGUGAGAAAUUUGUUAAUUUCACGUUAUCUUAUAUAUGUAACAUUUACAGAAGAGCCAGAUGUUCGACGUGUAGUUGUUGAUGUUGAAAGUGAGAAUGCUGCCACAGUAAAGGGUAAGAAGUCAUCAUUGCAAAAGAUGACUUAAGCUUCAUGUUGUUAUUAUUUUGAAACUCAAGUGCCAUAAUUUUAUAAAUAUUUCAUACCUUUAGUUAUCACCUUUAGAAGUCUGUGAUUUUUAUGUGAAGUAAAGAAUUAUCUUGUCACACCAAUAAUACUUCUGGUAGUUAAUAUUUGUUUCAUCGCAUAUGCACAUAUGAUUGGUAUCAAGGAAAGUUAUUAGUGCUGCUUCAGAAAUAAUUUUAUUUAUUUUUAUACGUAAUAAAACUGCGCUGGUAGCUAAUUAAAUGAUAUAUCAUAGUCUAGAUUAUAUCAUUAAGUUCAGAUAAUAUCUUUUGUCAUGAAAUCUCUUCAGGAUUAUUUAUGUUUUAUUUAAACAUAAAAUUUAUGCUAUUAAUUCAUUACAUGUUGAAUUUAUUAAAAAUGAAAUAGCUCGUUUUUUAAAAAAGUUUAUGUAAAGAGAAAUACAAAUUCUAGUUUAAUGUAUAACAUCUCAUCCGAAAAAUUCACUCUUAGCAAAAGCAAGUCUUCUAAGAAAGCAAAAGAAAGAAUCUCCAUUGGCAUUAGAUACCAGAAUAAAGAAAGAAAGAGUUACCAAAACCACCUCAAGAAAAUCAGAUAGGACUCAUUUAAGUCUUGGAAAAAGAGGGAAAAAUCUCAGCCGUCGGAUGGUCAAUGUGGAUUAUGACUCUGAUGAUUUGGUAUCUUGUAGAGUUAGAGAGCCACUUGUUUUGAAUGUAAGAGAUCGCCUUGGAAAGCCUCCAAGUUUGUUGAAAACCAAUUCAGGCGUUGGUCCACUCUCAAGACUCAAUAAAAAGGAAGGCACUAGUUCAUCUAAAAGUGUUGCUUCCACCAGUUUGCCUCAAAAACCAAAAGUCCAUAAAACUAGGAAAAGUUCAACAAGCAGUUCUGGGGAUGAGCCUGACCCAUUGGCACAGGUCAAAAUCAAAUCAUUGGAGGAAAUUAAACAAGAGAAAAUGAAAGCUCUUGCAUCUCAACAAACGGGUUAGCAAAUUUCUUGAUUUAAAAAAAAUAUUUUUUUGUAAAAUUUUAAAUCAGUGAGUCAACCUAUUGAUUUAUUUUUGAGUAGAUAGACAUUACACCCCCCCCUCCCCCCCAACCCACUUUCUCCACAACACUUUGUCAUUGUUAACUGUUAAAAAUCCUGUUUAGACUUAUUAUUUAGAAAAAAAAACAAUUUUUUUUUUCAUUAGCAUUGCCAAAAUCAUCACCAGUAAAAGAGCGACUGGGAAUGUUGCCUCAUAUUCACAAAGAAGAAAAGUCAGAAAAGCAACAAGGAAGACAAAUCCUGUUAAUAAAUGGUACACAGCUUUGAAAUGUUAUCAGAUUCUUGUUGUUAUCCUAUUUAAUCAUAUUUAUACAAAAUGGUACUAUAUGUUAUUGAGUACGGUACUUUAUAAAAAAUUGGCAUGAGAAUUGCUUUUAAUGAAUCAGCAAAAGUUUACAUAAAAUUGAAAUGGUAGUGAUGCCGGCUCGAAACUAAUUUGCUUACUCACGAGAUAGUUAAUAUUUUGAUAAUCAACAAUCAUAUAUAUUAUCUGUUUGGUUAUUUUCGAGAAAGUUUUUUUAUCAGUGAUUAUUUCAGAUAUUUUUUUAGUUUGUAAUUUCAAACUUCGUUCAACAAAAAUAAUUAAAAUGAUUAUAUUAGAUUCAGGUUCAAAAUCAGAUGAUGCUAGCAACUCAAGAAUUACUGAAGAGCAUAGGAAAUCCAAAAGGCGUCCAUGGCGAAGCCUUAAACGUAACUGUGAACUAGCUGGUUCUGAGGAAGGUGGAAAUGAUGAACGGACCACUGUCUUGUCUUCCAAAAUGGGGUCAUGGCAAAAAGAAGAAAAUAAUUCAAAUGCCUGUGAGUAACUUAGUUUUUUUUAAAAUGUGUAUAAAAAUAUUCUUUUGAGACUUUUAAGGACCUAUGGAAAAGAAAUUUGAGGGAAGCCGGCAUAGAAAUCGUCAAAUGGGAGAUCAUCUCUGAUCACCGUUCCGGCUGGCGAACAGUAGUGUAUGAGGGAAUGAAAGAGGCAGAAGAUAUGCAAAACGAGGCCCUUGCAACAAAAAGCAUUAAUGAAAGCUAUAGUAAACUACAAGUCAGGUUCUCCUGCCAGAAAUGCAGCCAAGACUGCCAUGCCAGGAUCAACCUCAUAAGCCAUACAAGAAAGUGUCAAUGAGCUACUCCAUAGUUUCACAAAGGCUGAAGGAUGCCAUAAAUAUAUAUUUUUUGUGUGUAAAUAAUGUCUUAAAAAAUCUCUAGUCUUCAGUCAUUUUUGUGACGAGGUGGAUAGAAAGAAGAGUAAAAAAUAAAGAGAUGCUUGUAAAGUCUCCUAUUGGAUUAAUGAGACACAAGCAAUUUGUGUAAACUAAACAAUCUAGAUUAAGCUUUAAUAAUGGUUUCACAGAAUUACAAAUGCAAAUGUCCAUAAACGUACCACAUCUUGUUAAUAUUGAAUGAAGUACUGUUGUCACUUAUUUAGUUUUAUGCAAUUUUAAAACAUUUCAAGUUAAUGGACCUUAAAACAAUGAUAUUUUAAAAUAAUUUUUUUUAUGGUUACUUUUUGAUAAAUAGUAAUUGAUAGCUAAAUCUGCUUGUGUGAGUUAUUGUUAUUGCUUAAUAAUAUUACAGUCGAUGGAAAAGAACGCACUAUUGUUGAGUCACCCUUUGAAAGUUUGAGGAGGCGAGCUCUGAUGAAAAAGAUUCAAAAGGGAGCUUUAAAGCAAAAAGCAACAGGAUCAGCUGAUGGGAUUGAAAGUUAGUAAAUAUAAAAUACUCUAAUUUAAGAUAUUAUCGUUUUGAAGACAUUUAAUUUUGAGUACUCUCUGAGACAAAUAGGAUGGCGGCCUAAUGUGUGUUUUGAAGGCCUGCAAAAUGGGGGAGUUGGCAUCAAUUUAUCUUGCUUGCCUGUUAUGUCUUCAAUAGUGAAAAUAAAUAAAUGUGUGAGAUCCAUUAAAAAAAUACAGUCUUCUACCUCAAAUUUUGUGCAGUGCACACAUGGCCUGAACAUCAUCAGACAAGUUAUUUCAAUAAAUUUACAAUUCUGAGUGUUGGCAUAGAAGGAUGUGAAAGAUUUAUAAUCUUCAAUUAAUUACUCUCAAUUCAACCUUAUUAUAUGCAAAAAGUUAUUCUUUGCCAUUUAACAUUUUAAGCACACGGUCUCUGGGGCAUUGAUAUUUUUUCAGUCGUAUUAGCUAGACUGGAGAAAAAUAAAACUUACUAUAAUUUUUAUGAUUGAUUUUCUUUGCAGUUUUUUUAUGUGACUUGAGAUGAGAGUUAACCUAAUGUUUAUCAUUUAGCAGAUUCUCAAUCUUAAAUUAAACAUUAGAUAGCAAAUGAAAGGCCAUACAAUUUAAAGGCCGUUGUCUUAUGCUCUUGACAUUAAACAAAAAUGGAGAAAAGCUGUAUGUGAUUAGACAAAUUCAAAACAAGAAGUUAAAUUAUGAACCUUCUCUCACAGCAACUGAACCUGAGGCACCUAGUUCACCCAGGAGGCACAUUGUCCAGGACUGUAAGUACCUACUGCAUUUUCAAUUUUAAAAAAUCUAAAAAAUCUACUUUUAUUUAGUCUUAAGAAAUAUUUGAUAUAUUUAAAAAAAAAAAUUAAAUGAUAUUCAGUUUUAAAUGUAGAUUAGUACUAUAUCUUGAAAAUAAAAAAAAUAAAAUUAUUUGUUUUGAAACAUUUUUAUUUACUCUGAAACUUAUCUUUGAUGAUGGCUGAUAUUAGAGCAUAAUUAAUUAUGUUGGCAAAAUAAUUGUGUGACUGAAACACUUGUAAUCAUUUUAUAUUUCUUUCUCCUUCAGUUGACGUUCUAGUCAAGCAAGAUGAAGUUAAUCAGAAAGUUGAAGAUAGCAGGAAAACACACAAACAUAAACAUAAGCACAAACAUGACAAGAAAUCUAAAACAGAGCGCCAAAUAUAUUUACCACCAGCAAUGAAGAGUUCAUGUGAGUGAGCAUUGUUGUUAGUGUUUUAUGAUAUUUUUAUGUCUAAAAAUAGUUUCACUUUUUUGGCCGGUCUUUUCAUUUUCUAACCACUGUAUUAAACAUUCAAUACUUGCAACUCUCACUAAGUUUUUAUAUGUUCUCUUUACUGUAAAUAACCUUAUAACUGUCGUAAAGGCCCAUGAUUGGCCGUAAGGCACCUUUCUUUGGUGUCGCAGCCGAUAUAAUCGACCACUAGCAAAAUCAUCAUAAAAAUGUGCAUGAUUAAAUGUACUUUGGUUAAGGAGAAAUUACUCUAUAGAAAUGACUUUGCUUCCUAUUUCCUAUUUCCGUUCCUAUCUAUGUGUAAACAUGGUUUUAACAGGGUUGUUUUUGGUUGUUUGGUGAUUAAUCAGGAGUGAAAUUAGCUCAAUUUUUUUUAUUGCCAUUAUGUCUGAUGCUGGAGACGUUUCCCCACUUUAGUUUGCAAAAUCAACACAGACAUUCAUUAUUGGAAUCGUUUCAAAUGGAUUAAAAUGAAAACAAUGAUUUCAAAGAUAUUUUAGAACAGAAAAGACAAAGACUGUAUGAACUGAAUUAUUAAUUAAUAAAAAUGGAGUGAAUAACUUUAUUUGAAAAUUAAUUUUUACCUCAUUGUGUCGUGUCUCUCUCCCCCGCUUUCCAUUUAUGUAAGAAAGAAAUUUAAAGUUAAUGAAUGAAAAGAAAAUCACAAAAAUUACAUUUUUCAAAAUAAAUACCUAUAACUUAACAUUUCAGAAAGUAUACUUCCUUUAGAAUCUGAAAAAGCUGAUGUAAUGAUAGAUAAAAUAAAAUAGUAAGAUUGGGGUGGGUGGAAUGCAGAAGUUUAGUAGUAAAAUUUAUUUUACUCACUCUGUAAAGGUCAAGGUCAAUAUCAAUGUACAAAAUAUAAAAAUGAAUGCCGUAAGAUACCUCGUCCAAUGAGGUUUCAGAAAAUAUAAACUUGUGAUCAUCAUCAUUAGUGGCGCUACAGCCCAUGUAGAGCCCUGGCCUGCUCCACCACAUCCUUCCAUUCGGAACGAUUCAUGGCAUUCCACCUCCAUGCCUGAACACCUAACUGGUGUAAAUCCUUCUCUACAUCUUCGAUCCAUCUCAGCCUUGGACGACUGGUGACGGCUGCCCUUAGGUCUCUGCUUGUAUAUCACUUUUGCUGCUCUACAUUCCGGCAUCCUUUCAAUAUGUCCUGCCUAGCAUAGUCUGCCUUUUUUUAUCACUUCGACUAUGGGUGGGGCUUUGUACAAUUGGUUAAGCUCUUGGUUUAUACGGAUUCUCCAGAUAUCAUUUUCUAUUACUAGGCCGUAUAUUUUUCUGAGGAAUUUCCUCUCCCAUGUAUUGAGCAGGUUCUCUGCUUUUCUGGUAAGGGUCCAAGUCUCACUAGCGUAAGUUACUACUAGUCUUAUGAUGGUGGUGUAUAUUGUCUUCUUUGUUCCCCUUGAGAGGUUUUUGCUUCCCAGUAGCUUUUGUAGGCUGAAAUAGGAACGGUUGCCUGUUGUUAUCCUUUCUUUCAUCUCCGACAUUAUUUCAUUGUGCUCGUUUAUAGUUGUCCCUAGAUAUUUGAAUGUAGCCACUCUCUCAAAUUUGUGGUUGUUUAUAUUGAUGUUAUCAUCAGCAUGGGAGUUUCUUGACAUUAACAUAUAUUUUGUCUUCGGUUUAUUUAUGGUACAUCAAGACCAGCUUUGACUGAGGCAUUUUCAAGUUCUCUGAAUGCUUUAAUUAUGUCAUUACGGUACUGUUUCUAACCAGUAGGGCUAUAUCGUCUGCAUAUGCCAGGUUGUCUAUAUAAGGUUCCUGAUGGUUGUUGUCCUGUAAUACCUCUGUGGAAGAAGCUUGUUAUGGUUCCACUGUUGCUCACGUGUAUGCUUCUAAUACCUUUUUUUUAGCGUGAUGCUAAACAGGAUACAUGAUAGUGAGUCCUCUUGUUUGAGGCCCCGAUUAACUGGGAACUCCCUUAAGUAUUCUCCCUUGACCUUGAGUCUACUUUAGGAGUUAGCCAUUGUCAUUUGUAUGAGUUGAGUAAGCUUGUUAGGGAUUCCAAUAUAAAAUGAGUCAAACAGAUUGCAGUCUCUCCCCUUAUUACCCUUAGGGCCUCCAAGUUCUUGUAGAACAUUGUAUAAGUAAUUCCUGUCUAUGCUAUAAUAUGCUAAUUUAUAAUCCACGUAUAGUUGGUGUAUGUCAAUGUUAUAUUCGUUACAUUUCUCCAGGAGACAUCUUAUAGUAAAAAUAUGAUCCGUGUUUGACCUAUUCUGCCGGAAUCUGCAUUGAUUUUCCCCUAGGAUCUGUUCACUAUACUUUUCUACUUUUCUUGCUAUAAGUUUUGUAAGAAUUUUUUUACAUUACACUAAGGAGGGAGAUUCCUCUGUAGUUUGAGGAGACCAACUUAGAUCCUUUUUUGUGCAUUGGGAUUAUGAGUGCCAUGACCCAUUCUAUAUGAGGUAUAUACUUGUAAGGGUCUCUGAAUUCAUUUUUAUGGGAUUUUGUCAUUUUGACAUGCAUUAAUGCUAAAAAUAAUAAUAAUAAUAAUAAAUUUCAUUUCAAAAACACGCUUCAUCACCAAAGGCUCAAAGCGUGGUACAAAGUCAAAAAAAAAAAAAAUGUCUAAUAAGAUACUAAGGAAAAAUGCACUUAACAGUUAUAGGGUUAAUAGAUAAUAAAACAUUACUGAAAUGUUUUCAUUUUAUAAGUAUUGUGUAAAUAUUUUGUAAAGCUUGCAUGCUGUUUAAUGAAGUGAUAUUUAAUGUAAGGAUAUUUGUUCAUGCUGUUUCUAUGUAACAAGAAAUAUAAAUGUAAAGAACCAAAUAUUAUUUUCUCCAGCCUUUUCUAAAGACGAUGAGCAGUCAUCCAGUAUUGAGCCAUUGACAGCUCCAACAGCUAAAGUUGCUCCUCAGAAAAGAGGGCCCCAUCCCAUUGCUGCUAUUUGGGCAGAUGGACUAACACUUUCUGCUAAAGGAAAUUUUGGUAGAAGGCCAACGCUUAACAAUGCCGGGACUAUAAAAGAUAAAUUAGUAGUUGCUGAACGGGUCGGAAUAAGCUCCAGACUCGGCAACAGAGAUGACACACAAUUGUCUAAAGCCAAGAUCACAACCAGUGAAGUAAGCAAGAGUUGUUAGCAAAUAUUCUUACUUAAGUCUUAAGAUAGUUCCAAUGAAAUCUUUUAUGGAAUGUCACCAAUUAAUUAAAAAUGAGUAUUUGAGUAAAUUACUUGCUUUUUUUGGGUUGCUUAGUGCAACGUAUAAAAUUAAAAUGUGUUCUGAAAGACAUUGCUGGCUUCAAAAUUAGCAAAACUGCAAGGUUUGAGAUCUUAACAUAAUUUUUUUUUAAAGUAGAUAAAUUAAAGAAAAAUUCUAAUAAGCAAAAUCUAUAGCCUUCUCCUUUUCCCUCAGCCACCAGAACAAACACCUGAACAACAAUCAGGGGUAAUCAUCAAAUCGUUCUCCGAAAUCAUGGCAGAGAAACGUCGUAGGAGGUUAGAAUUACAAGCUCAGAAGGUUGGGACAACAUUGUCUUCUGCCCCUUCAUUGCCAUCCAAUCCUGCAACAACCAGUCCGAUCAGAGGUUUUGAUGCAAGACCAAAAGCACCAAUAACCCCCAUCAUUUUUAAUUUAGGUCAGUAUAUACUUCUCUUGAACAAGCUUAAUCUUAAUACCAGUACAUCAACAAUGCAAUAGUAGGAAAUUUAAAUAUUAUUCCAUUGAUUUUUAAGUUUUCCAGUCUGCAGAAUUGGGCUUGCAAAUUAUUUCCCAUAGGAAUUACUUAUAUUAAGAUAAUCUAUCAUCAUAAUAUACUAUAUUUUGGUGAGAUACAUUUGAGGAUUUUUCUCCUUCCUGAGUAUAUUGAAAUUAAAGAUGCAUUUAUAUUGUUUUGAUUAGAGUCUAGUAUAAGCAACAUGAAAUUUAUAAACAUUACUUAAUUUUUGUUGGCAAUAUGCUUAAUUUUUUUUGUUAGCAAUAGACUUUCUCCAUUUAUUUCAACUCCAUUGUAUGAAAUAUAGCUUUUUGUUUUUCUUCAUUUCUUCACAUCAUUUGAGUUAUAAAUAAAGAUUUUUGAGUCCAUCCAUCCCUGUGGCGAUACAGCCCAUGUAAGGCUUUGGUCUGCCUCACUACUUCCUUCCACUCAGACCUAACUAAUGCCUUUCUUUUCCAUGCUUGGACUUUCAGCUGCUGUAGAUCUUUUUCCACAUCAAAAGAUUUUUGAGUGCUUUUUGGUAAUUAUCGUUAUGAAACAUUACAGAUCCACCAACUACAGAAAGACUGAAACCUUGUAAGGAGUCAACAGUGGCUGUCUGUCCUGUUCCCAGAACCUCAAACCAACCAGUGAUGAAUUCAACAUUGGCAUUAUCAUCCAACACUGCAUUGGCCACAUCCCAUUUUGAACCUAACAAUGGAGCAUCUCAGGAGAGACUGAAAUUCAAAUCUGUCGGAACCCCUGCAGCUAACAAAAAGACAAAUAAAGCAAAGCUCUUUAAAAGAAAGAAGAGUCUAGAACAGUCCAAUGAGCCAGGCCAUCCAGUGGACAUUGGUAGAUCUUCAGUUCAGCACCAAGUUUCAUCACCUGCUCCAUUUGGAACUGCAGCAACACAGGAUUAUACAUCAUCAGUUUCUCAGAAACCCAAUCUCAGUGCCAAGGCUCCUACACACUCAAAAACCAAAUAUAAUUCAUUUGAGAGUGAGGACUUAACAGACAGUUCUUACUGUAAUCCCUCUACAGAGAAUGCCUCGCCAGGCUCCGGGUCAACUUUUUGCCAGGUGCCAACCACAUCAGCUGUCAGUCUUGUCUCACCCAUGCCCGUGGGAAAUAAACACAAAAUACAAGAAGUUCUAAAUACAGAAACUGAGUAAGUUGAACAACAAAUGUACUUAAGCCUUCAUCAACAAAUGCUGGGGUUUUCAAAAAUCUAAUAUUUGUAGAUUAAAGAAAUGAUAGGGGUGGUAUAUUAUUAUAAUUUUUUUUUAGUAAACCUCUAAUUUGUUAUAUAAAUCCAACAAAAUAUUAUAUUGGCAUUGACUGUGGGUAGUCUAAUACUUGCUUAGUGGUCAAGGGAUUUCUGCAGUGACUCAUUAUGUUAUUUUUGGGGCCAAGGCAUUAUUGCUCUGUGUCACUUCUUAAAAUAUAUGAGCAUUCAACUUUUAAAUUAUUUCUCUAUUAGAUAAAAAUUAUGAGAAUCAUAGAAAUGUAUUAGCUUCUUCUAAGAAAAACAAAAACAAUUCAGUGAAGAAGAAAAUGUUUGAAGGAUAUAUUCAUUUUAAUUAACAGGUUCUUUUAGUUGUUUAAUAUAUAGAUAUAUAUUUAAUCAGGUGCAAUACUUUAAUGCAUUUAUAUUCUAGAAUAACGUCAAGCUCUACAAUUGAAUUUUGAUACGGUAAUUAAUUAAUUUGAUCAAACAAGGUAUUAAUACUUUUAAUUAUGUUUAUGAGUUUUGAACUAUUAUUAUACAGUUCUAUAAUUUUGUUCACUUGCAGGCCUUUGAAGAAAAAGAAUCGUCUGUCCAUUGAAGAUGAAUUCAGCUUCUUUGAUGAUGAAGAAUUAGAUGAUGAUAAUUUUAUUACAGGAGAUGUGGAACCUAUUGAUGAUUUGCUGCAAGAUAUUGAUGACUUGUUAUCCUAGGGGAAUUUUUUUGUUGAGAUUAGGGCAUUUCAUGAUAGUUCUCUGAUAUGUUAGUUUCAUUGUUAUCGGGAUAAGUAUUUGAUGUUUGAUAAUAAAUGCAUUAAGAAUUUUACUGGAUUGUGCCAGAAAUGUAUAUAAACUUAUUGUCAGAUCUGGUUUCUUGAAAGGAAGAAUUGAAUUCAUUUGUAAACCAUAAACAUUUUGAGAUUUUUGAAACCAUUGUACAUACAGAAUUUAGAAAACAUUAUAUUAAUGUUUUUAAAAAAAUUCCCCAUAAUUAUGAUUUAAGGUCAAGAAGUCUUCUAACAGACACUAAAUGAGUUUCCAGAGUAGGAAAUGACAGACUUGACAAGGCUUAACAUAAGCAUCUUGCAGUUGAUAUUUCAAAUGGGUAUCUGUUUGUUAAUUGAUGAACAUGUUUCAGUAAAUGUGAAGUUCACACAUUUUUGUGUGCCUAAUCCAGACAAUUUGUCUUGGUGGUUGUUUUUAAAAAAAAAAAGAUUGAGGGCUUUCCAGAGUAUUCAACCUCUCCUUUGAAUGAUUAGCAGAACUUAUGUAGGAUGUCACUCUGGGCAUUUACUCUGAGUUAAUGUAUCGAUCAACAGGAUGUUGCUUUGGUUAUUUUGAAUGAGUAUCUUACACAAAUUAAAUCUAACAUGGCAUUCGAUCCUGUUUUUAAUCAACUUCUUGCAUUAUUUCUUACUGAUCUUAUAGAGUUUAUGUGCUACAAAAAUUCCAAAUAUUUCAACAAGGGAGAGAUAUUUAGUCAUGAAACAUGCUACCAGUAAAUAUUAGAUGGUUGUGCUUCUGGAAAAAUGCAGCAAUUACAUAUUGAGAAAACAUUGUCAACAUAAAUAUUUAACCAAAUAAAUCAAAAUGCUUUCUAAAAAUUAAAAAAAAAAAACAAAAAACUGACAGUUCUACAAAUUGUCUACAAAAACAAGUAAUGGAUUUUUUUUAAAAUUAAAUUUUUUUAUUAAAAAACUAUUUUAUCAUUUAUUUAAAACAAUGUUCAAUGGCGGUAUUGCCAGAGAAAGAUCACAAAUGCACCAUUCCUUAUCAAACAGUCUUCUCGAAGUUCAUAAUAGCAGGCGGAAGAAAGCCUGAGAUAAUUUUUAUUUCUUCAUUGAAAUAGAAUGUUAUUUGACAAUGAUUGUCAAGUUAAAUUCUUAUUACUAAAUAAUAGGAUGGUCAGUUUAGAACAUUUAAUUUGUUUUGAAGAAAGAAAUUUUUACGAUUUAUGGAUGAUAGUAUAGAUGGUUUGUGAAAGGAAUGAUUGUUUCUAGAAUGAAUGGGAGAUGGUCUGUGAAAGGAAUGAUUGUUGCUAGAAUGAAAGGGAGAUGGUCUGUGAAAGGAAUGAUUGUUGCUAGAAUGAAAGGGAGAUGGUCUGUGAAAGGAAUGAUUGUUGCUAAAAUGAAAGGGAGAUGGUCUGUGAAGGGAAUGAUUGUUGCUAGAAUGAAAGGGAGAUGGUCUGUGAAAGGAAUGAUUGUUGCUAGAAUGAAAGGGAGAUUGUGAAAGGAAUGAUUGUUGAUUGAAUGAAAUGUGAUAGAUGAAAGGAAUUAUUGAUACCAGCAGGGUGAAAGGUGAUAUGUGAGAGGAAUGUGAGUUGUAUGAAUGAGAGCAUGCUUGUUGGUCUCUUCAACGAGACACAAUCAAGCAUUAUUGUUGGUCUCUGCGUGCGUUGACAAUUUGAAACAAAGAUAUAAGCAUUUAAUCUUUUUCACAGUGAUGCAUUUAUGCUAAAUCAGUUAAUAAAAAAAAAUGUUUGCCCUCAGGUGAGUAUGUCUGACAAAAAUACAGUUACAAGCAGUCUAUUGUUAUAAGAAAUGGACGUCAAUUUUUUAAUAAAAUAAUUGAUGUGUCUUUUUGAAACUGCUUGUGUCUGUUUUUUUAUCAGCUUACCCAAUACAACUCAGAAGCUCCAUUGCUUUUUUUUUUAAAUAUUGCGAAACACGUGUAAAAGCUGAUAAAUGGUGACAGUAGAGCGAUUUUUUAAUUAUCUUUUAUUCCAUUAAAUUGUUCUUCACUUAGGCUAUUUUUAUUAUUAUUAUUGGUAAUAGAAUUUUCUGAACAUACCUUAGCAAGUUGGGUGAGCCAAAAGUAAUAUUUAUUUCAAUGUCUGAUGUGUACAGUACUUGAUUGAAUGUUGUAACAUGCGUGUUUAGAGGAAACAGUCAUUACUCACAUUCACCUAAAGCUCUGGAAAAUUUAUCUAGAAAACUAAUAAUGGACUUGUCAAAUAUUUCUCGACUCUUUAAUCAUAAAAAAAAUUUUCCUAGAGAAUUUGUAAAUAUCUGAACACAUAAUGUCAGUACCUUACCAAAUGUAUGGGUAUUUUUAUUAAUUUCAACCCCUAUUGUGCUUCAUUUAUCAUCAUUCUGCCAGUAGCUUAUUUCAAUGUUUGAUGUAAACUUUGAUAUUAUUUUUAUGUUGAUUAAGAAUAAACUAAUGAAACAAAACUU